AGACGCCGAUGUUUCAGAUCGUUUGGAAUCGUUGCUGUGAAUAUGAAAUCGAUUGCUUUGCAGCUGCUGCUCUUGGGCUGCCUUCUGGCUGCUGUUUGUGCCACGCCUGGCAAGGUGAUUAUCAACGGCAAAUGUGUCGAUUGCAAUCGGCCCGAGGAUGACGACUCCGUGAUCAUUCCAGGGGAUGUCAAAGUAUCCGCAGCUGUCAGCCAGGCCCUGACUUCGGGUGCCAUUGGCUUUGGCCUGCUGUAUUAUUUUAUAAGCAAAUUUUUUCAUUAAUAGUUAUUUUUAAAUGAUA